CAUUCGUUUACACAGCGUAAUGUAUUUCUGCUGAUGGCUGCUCAAGAUGUUGCCUAUACGACAGUAGAGCAUGAUCUGCAGUCAGACUUCGGAGUUGAAACGGAGGAGGGCAAGGUAAGUCUUCGAGACUUCGAUUUGCUACGUGUUCUAGGGACGGGAGCAUACGGGAAAGUGUUCUUGGUGAGGAAAAAGACUGGCAAAGAUUGCGACAGGUUGUUUGCUAUGAAAGUGUUGAAGAAGGCAACGAUUGUGCAGAAGGCAAAGGCUACGGAACAUACAAUGACUGAGAGACAAGUACUGGAGGCGGUCAGAGAGUCUCCUUUUCUUGUUACUCUUCAUUACGCAUUUCAGACUGAUGCCAAACUUCACCUUAUUCUUGACUAUGUAUGUGGUGGAGAAUUGUUUACUCAUUUGUAUCAACGGGACCAUUUCAAUGAAGCAGAAUGUCGCAUUUACGUUGGAGAAGUUCUUCUUGCAAUUGAACAUUUACACAAGUUGGGUAUAAUUUAUCGUGAUCUUAAACUGGAGAACAUACUUUUGGAUGCUGAAGGUCAUGUAGUACUGACUGACUUUGGGCUGAGCAAGGAAAUGAUUGGAGAUGAGGGAGAUAGGACAUAUUCCUACUGUGGAACUGUGGAGUACAUGGCUCCAGAAGUGGUAAAGAGCAGCAAAAAAGGACAUGAUAAGGCAGUUGAUUGGUGGAGUCUUGGUGUGUUGUUGUAUGAAUUACUUUCCGGAGCAUCCCCAUUUACAGUUGAAGGAGAAGAUAACUCUCAAAUAAAAGUGUCAAGACGUAUACUUCGAUGUGAGCCUUUCUAUCCCACGUCAUUUUCCGUUGGAGUGAAGGAUCUUCUUAGGGGUUUAUUGGCUAAGGAUGCCAAACGUCGACUGGGUUGUGGAAGGAAUGGAGUUGAAGAUAUCAAGCAGCAUCAGUGGUUUGAUGGUUUGGACUGGGCGUGUUUGAAAAGCAAACAAAUGUCACCACCAUUUGUUCCAGUAAUCAGAGAUGAAUUAGAUGUGAGCAACUUCUCGGAGGAAUUCACUCGUCAGACACCAACAGAUUCACCUGCUGUUGUUCCCUCUCUCAGUGACAAGGAUAUUUUUCGGGGCUACUCAUUUGUGGCUCCAGCUGUUCUCUUUGACAAGAAUUUGAUAAGCAAUGCAUUAUUGGACAGUAGGGAAUUUUUUCGUGGAGUGAAACGUGACAGGCCUGCACAUACUUGGAUCACAAAUUCUCAUUUUUUGGCUAAAUAUGAAGUGCUGGAGGAGCUGUUGGGUGAGGGUACAUAUUCAACUUGCAGGUACAAUCUUAUAGCUACACAGCAGGCAAAAAUAUCGAACGACAAAUUUCAAUCAGAACAGUUACUGACACGAGAACCAGUCAUUUGA